GAAGAUUCAAAAGUACACUGUUCAAAUUUCAAGCAGCAAUGAUGAGUUGUACCGGCUAAUGAUAUAAAUAAAAUGUAUGCCGUUGUUAACUGAAAUUGAGUUAAAUCAUAAUUAGUAAAAUUAAUAAUGUCAUAAAACUGGCUGACAUUUUCCCGGAAAACAGCCUUCCGGAGCUUGGAAACAGGAACAUUGGCAACAUUGCGUCAGUGCGUGGCGCAAUUUGGAAGGGGAUACACGCGCGGCGCUCUUAGCGCUUCCCGGUUCAACGCACUCAUUUGUAAAAACAAUAGAUUCUUUAUAGGAAUAAACGCACAAUUGUAUACAUAACAUAAAUAUUAAUAUUUACGGUUGAAAUUGUGUAGUGAAAUGACUGUGGGGUUGUAAAAAGGAUAUUUCAUGAUCGAUGAGAUGUGGAGCCUGGUCGACAGUGGAGGAGCGGACGGCAAGUCUGCGCCGUGCUCCCGCGGCAAGCACUCCGCGACCUUACUAGGGGGCUUCGUGUACGUGCUGGGGGGGCGAGGGUCUGGAGGUUCCGUGCCGCUCAGAGAUUUCUGGAGAUAUAGUCUUACAACAGGAAACUGGGAGAAGUUGGACUGUCGUGGAGAGCAUCCUCCGUCUCUCCAAGAGCACACGGCGACCGCGCACGGGCACAGGAUCUACGUGUUCGGCGGCGAGGCGGGGGCGCUCACCAACGAGACCCCGCUGUGGAUAUACGAUACAGAGACACAAAUCUGGCGCAAGCUUCCCGGCCAAGUGAACUACACUUCCUCCGUGCGUCGUCGCGCAAGGGACCCUCGUGGCGCUGUCAGUGGACCUCGAGGUCGGAGGGGACACACAGCUCAUGCCCUUAAGGACUGUCUCCUCAUUUAUGGAGGGUACCAGGAUUUGAAGGGGUCCACUAAUGAACUCUGGGCGUUCCACUAUGAAUCCGAGUCGUGGCACCAAGUCCGGACGUGGAACUCCGGGCCGGCGCGCCACCGCCACGCCGCCGCGCUGCACGACGAGCGCCUGUACGUGCACGGCGGACAGUGCGACCUGCGGGACUGCGCCGACCUGUGGUUCUACGACACCAUGUCGCGCGUGUGGCGGGAGGUGCGCGCGCGUGCGGGCCCGGCGCCGCGCAGUGGGCACGCGGCGGCGCGCGCUCGCGCUCACCUCUACAUCUUCGGGGGAGACUCACAUUCACACCCGCACAACGACCUGUGGCGGUUUCAUUUUGCAACAGAAACAUGGGAGCACAUUCCUAAUACAGUAAAGUGGCCCUCCCCUCGCACCGACACGUGCGCCAUCCUCCUCCCGCGACGACCGCCUCGCGCUCCUCCCCGGUCCCCCCCGCUCGCCCACCCGACCCUGGCGCGGCCUCCUCCCCCACCUGGGAACAUCCUUCGUGAAAUCUCCAAGCUGUCUGCCUUUCACAUCCGUCGCGCCGCUCGCUGCUCCUACACUGCCCUCGCCGGGAACAAGGACUCUACUGAAAGCUUAGUUCCAUCCGAAUCGACGCUUCCGAAGUCACAAUCUGCCUUCCACAUGGAGCGGCGCGGACAGUGCAGCCCGCGGGAAGGGGAUGUACCCGACCUCACGCGUGACCCACUCUCCGUGCCCGACUUCGCGGACAUGGUCACAACCCCCACUCGAACCACCAAGCUCGUCUACCUGGACUCUGAAGAUGAAGCAAACGGGAAGAGAGACGUCACUGUUAAAAUGGACAGCGAGACCACCGUGGUCAUGCCCAAGUCAGCUUCUGUCCGGUUCACCAAAACUGUGACCAUUACAGACGAAGAGGACACCGAGAUGUCCACUUCAGACUACGCCAGCGCCGAGAAAGUGAACAGAAUAUCGGGAAACGGUUUCAGUAAUCCUCACUACUUGGGUCCAGAUGUGAGGAACUUGAACCUGGCUCUGACCCCCGACUCGGGAGUUGCGCCUGGAGACAUAGAGCUGCAAGACAUGAACGUCGGUCGGCGGGCGGCCAGGCCCGGGGACACGCCACUGUACCUGCUCAUCGUGGGCGGGAAGGAAACCCCGCACGUGGCCUUGAUGCAGAGCCCUCUGUCUAUGUGGGCUUAUAGACUUCACUAAAAUUGUAUAUUUUUUUAAAGCACAAAUGUUAAUACAGUAAUAAAUUACGAAUUGUCAUUAGAAGCAUAACUAAUACAAUGACAUUUUUUAGUAAGUGGUAAAACUGUUUAGUAAGAAAUUUAAAAGAAUUUCAUAAAAAAUGUAGUAUUUUGCAAUCAUAAUAGACGCUCCUGGCAACCCUGCCGCGCCCGCCACGCCGCCGCCACGUCGCGGGCGAGUGGCGGGCGACGUUGCGUGACCGUCAAAUGUAACAUAGUUUAAAAGUUUUAUUAUCUAUCAACUCUAUUGACAAAAUUGGCUUUUGUUUUAUUCUGAGCAGUAUUAACCUAAUAAAUGUUGCCAAAACAUAAGAUUGUCAAACGUGAAGCAUUUAAAUUAAACAAUCUGAUACACGAAAAUAAAACCACCGACAUUCGCAAGACAAAUCAUAAAUUAUUUAGAAAGGGGUCUUAAAUUAAAUUUCAAACUGAUUACAUUAUUGUAGUGUAUUUAUAAAUUAUUAUUAGUAUUUCAUAGUUUUGAUGUCCAUUCAUUACUUAAAAGCUUUAGUUUUAAUAACAUUCUCUUAAACUAAGUCCAAACUUUAGUUAGAUAUCCGCCUUACCGAACUUUAGACGGAAUAUUUGAAAAUAUUGUAGGCAUUUUUUUUCAUGAAUUUCCAUAUAAUGCCGUUAUUAAAUUGUAAUAGUUAAAUGUACAGAUGCUAACUUAUAGUAAUUUACAAUUCUCGGAUAGAUGUUUUUAUCUUAUUACUAAGUAGUUAAUUAAGUACUUAAUUAGUGUCAAAAGCACAAAGUUCGUCCAAUAUUUCACUAAGCGGUUUCUUAAAUGAUGCAGUUAGGUGGUAUACAGUAUUUAGCCUAAGUAUAAAGUCCAUUAAGUCCUUUCAAUGUAAAUAUGCGAGUCGUGCGACCGUCCUGCGCCAAUCCACCCACAUCGACAGUCAACCCGUGCAGCGGCCACGGGAAUCCCCUUUAUGUUUUACCAUUUGUCUAAUAAUUCAAAUAGUACCAAAGUCUGGUAGUUCCUCGUGCGACCUCACUUGGCCCUCUGCGGUACCAGUGUGCUUAGUGCGAGUUUUUGAACGUUCUCGAUAGCGUAAAAGUUAGCUCAUAUUUGUAUGGAAUGUGAUCGUUUGCCUACGUUGGUCGCUAGGGGCGCUGUUCCAACUGCAUGCAAAAUUGGGCUAACUUUUACGCUAUCGAGAACGUUAAGAAACUCGCACUAAGCACACAGCUGUAUGUACACUGCGGUCUCGCAGCCUCGGCCCGGCUGCCUUCUGCCAGUAUCUCCGACGAUCAGAACAUAAACUACCGAAAUAGUUAUUAAUUGAAUCCUUUGUAAAAUUAACGUUGUAAUAUUCUGAACAUUUUGUGUUUAAGAAUACAACCAUAUUGUUUUUUCGUGUAUUAUAUAAGAUGACGGCCAUUGAAAUAAGUGUUUCUAGGGUAAAAAGUAAAACCAUUUAUUUAUUUUACUGUUGUUAUUUAAUUUAUUGUUUUGUAUGUCAUGUUAUUGUUUGUACUUUAAGCUCAAUUGUAGGCACUCGGGAGACAGCGAUGAUGGACGUGUCAUUUAAACAUUAUCGCGGAUUCAAAACCAGACACGCAAUUUGAAUGUUCUAAUAUUAAUGUUAAUCAUACAGUUCAACAGUGCUCAGGAUUGACCUGUUGUUAACGCUGUCAGUUGCAUGUGCGAUAACUGAAUUUAACACGGCCCGCUCGUCUACCAGCCUAAAUCACAAGUGCAAUAAUUAAUUUAUUUUUAAACUGUUUUUCUCAUUAAUAAAAUCGGACAAAGAAUUUUACGAUGUGUAAAAAUGAUUUAUUUUUACAUUACGUACUUAAUUUCUGUAGCUGUGGAUAAAAUUACUUAGUGUGUUAAGACUGAGUAGCGUAGACAUUUUGUAAGUGCAUUUUAGUUUUGCCUUAUAUAUCACCAACGGAGAUUCACGAUACAAAACAAAUUAACAAUAACGAGGGAAGAAUAGCGAACGACGUCACAAAACUAUUACUGAACUAUGUUUCCAAACGCCAGAAUACACUCAAGUCAUGAGGUGAGUCCGCUCCUCAUGCAGACAGGCCUCACCGUGUUUCUUGUGACCGUCGCGGAAUAGAUGUUCCGCUAUAACGGGUUAGUUGCAGGCACGGUAGAUACCGUUAAGACUUGGGCCUCGUGUUUCCGAGGUGGCGUCGUACACGUUGGCGCUGCUUAUAGGCUCUGGUAAUCGCAUAACACCAGCCGAGUCGUGAGCUCGAUAACCCAGCUAGGCUCCUCGAGGGAGACGUGGGCGCGCGAUAUUCUUAUAGGUAUCAGACAUUUGUAAUGUUACUUUUGCUUUGCAUAUUAAUGUUUGUUACUUUCGCCGUAAGCAAGUAGAUCGCUGCGUGUAUUUCGCUGAUUCUUCUCUUUGAUAUUUUCGUUUCAAUUUUAAUAUUUUGAUUUUUAGUUUUUUUAUUCGUGGAUUCUGAUCGAGUGGAAUGUAACAUUUCUUGUCUACUUGUACCACGUAAACGUCACAAUGUACAAUGCGUUGAGGGAGUCUUAAAACAAGUAAAAGUAUUUAGUUGAA